AUAACCACAAAGCCCAGCCUCUCCGCGAGAUCAGACUGCAACAAUGCAUUCCUGGUCACCGGAAACAGUCAUCGCGCUCGUCACACUGAUUGCGACUGCUCCUUCAUCGUUACUUGUGCUCUACGACUUUUACCUUCGUCACUAUGGCCGCCGUCACUCCCCUCCGCAGCUCCACCAUGGUUUGUUGGACCCAUCCAUACUCUGGUUCUACUCCGCAGUAUCCCUCAGAUCUAAGCUAAUUACUUCUUACUAUGUAUGUGUCUUGUAGAUCCAGUUCCUGUCCACCCAAGAUCUGUCGACUCUCAUACACAGCAUGUCGCCCCGUCGGACUUGAUCACGCAUCUACCAACUGACGCACUAUUUUAUUACUUUCGAGACAUUGAUGUACAAUUGGUUCGUUGUGGCUUCCUGUCUCUUAGUGGUUGCAGGA